GUGGAGAAUGCUGGAUGAGAGGGAGCGUGGACUAUUGAAUACAAAGAGGGUGGCCGAGAGCGGGCCUGAAUUUUUAAUAGAUUGUGCUAACUGAAAAUAAAAUAGCGUUAAUAUGAUAAAAAAAAUUCAUUUUUGGUAUCAGAGUUGACUUUCUUACAUAUUUAAGAGAAUUAAAGCAAUGAAGAGGGUGCAAUCUUUUUUUACUGUUUCCCGCCAGAAAUCGAGGCUCGUAUGAAAGAGGUGUGGAAGUUCAGAUUCACAACGCGUGCGAAAUCUGUGAGAUCUGUCAACCCUUCAACAUAAUUGAUGGUACAAAGUGUUGUGUUUGGGGUGUAAUUUUGUAACUGAAAGAGGGAGUACUGUUGUGAUUGACAAUGUCCCAAAAAAAUACUUUAUUUAAUUAUUUUGUGUCUCCGGCUCGAAAGAACAAUGAACUGGGCUCGCCUAAAACUACCCCUGAUACGAACAAAGAUACGAAAACUCCCAAAAGUAAAUUAAAGUCACCGUCUACGCCAAGAAGUAACAAAGUUACUCCAACAUCAUUAAGUGUCAAUAAGAAAAGUAGCAAGGUUUCGGAAAAAGCAUUUGAAAUAUGUGAUGUUGUGUGGUCCAAGCUUCAUGGAUAUCCAUGGUGGCCAAGUUUAGUGUGCAACCAUCCAAAAUUGCUCAAGCACAUUAAAGGAGAUUCAAUUCAUGUCCAAUUCUUCGAUGAUCCACCUACAAGAGCAUGGGUGAAAAGAGCUUUCAUUGAACCAUACAAAAAUAGUGCUGAUAAAACUGCUCCAAACAGAGAUGCUGCUAAGUGGAAAAAUGCUGCAUCAGAAGCUGACAAGGCUCUUGAAAUGUCUGUAGAAGCUCGUAAAAAAUUGAUUGUUGCAUUCUCUGAUCAGGAUGGAAGUGAAGAAGAUGAUGCUUCAAUGGAUGUUGAUACUGAUGAUGAAGCUGUGUUGAAUAGUUCUGGAAGCUCUGCAAAUGAUGCUGACAAGGAAAACCAAGAAGCUCCACCCCUUAAAAAAUUGUUACUUGAUGCAGACGACUCCGAAGAUGAUUACAAACCCGUUCACGAUGAUUUGAAUGAUGCAUCUGAUUCAGCCAGUUCAGGAGUUAAUUCUGCUGAUGAAGCUUUCAGUGGAGAAGAACCUGAAGAUUCCCCUGUGAAAAGGAAGAAGAAAUCAAAAUCUGAUCAAGCUGUUAAAAAACAGAAACUGACUUCUGGUAAACCUGUGGUUGUUCUACCCAGACCAUCCCUUGCAAAAGAAACUGUGUCAAAACCAAUAGAAAAUAAAAAUGAAGGAUUUCAAAAUGAUUGGGCUCAUUUGAAGUAUGAAUUUCUCAAACCUCAUAAAAUACGAGAUGGAAAUCGUAGAAGCCCUGAAGAUCCAGAGUAUAAUGCAAGAACGGUAUAUGUGCCUGAAGAUUUCAAGAAGAAUUUAAGCCCUGGUAUGAAACAGUGGUGGGAUAUUAAGGCACAAAAUUUUGAUUGUGUUCUUUUCUUUAAAGUUGGAAAAUUUUAUGAAUUAUAUCAUAUGGAUGCUGUAACAGGAGUUAAUGAAUUGGGUUUAAUUUAUAUGAAGGGUGAAUUUGCUCAUUCUGGCUUUCCAGAAAUUUCUUACGCACGUUUUUCAUCAGCUCUUGUUGAGAAAGGUUUUAAAGUUGCUAGAGUUGAACAAACGGAAACUCCUGAUAUGAUGGCGGAACGUUUGAAAGGAGCUUUUCGGGCUACAAAGUUUGACAAAGUGGUUAAAAGAGAAGUGUGCCAAAUCACUACUAAAGGCACAAGGACAUUUAGCGUGAUUGAUGGAGAAGCUCAGGAAGCUUCCUCUCGUUACUUGUUGGCAUUGAUUGAAAAGGAACUUGAUUCCAAUAGAAGCUCAUAUGGAGUUUGUUUCAUUGAUACAUCAAUUGGCGUCUUCAAUAUUGGACAGUUUUCAGACGAUAAAUUCUCCUCGCAGCUGAGGAUGUUGAUUGCUCAUAAUCCUCCUGUUCAGGUCUUGUAUUUGAAGAAAUCUAUAACUGAUCGAACCCAACAGUUGCUGAAUAGUGUUCUCACUAAUGUUUUGAAGGAACCUCUUUCAAAAUCAGAAUUUUGGCCUGCAGAUAAAACACUAAUGAAAUUAGCAGAAGGAGAUUAUUUCCCAAAGAAGGAAACUGGCGGUGUUGGUUGGCCUGAAGGAUUGAAACAAUUUUUAAGUGAUGCUGAUUCUGUUGGUUUAUCUCCUCGGGAUGAAUAUUCACUUGCUGUCAGUGCUUUAGGAGCAGUUAUUUGGUAUUUACAAAAGUGUCUUUUGGAUCACCAGUUAUUAGCAAUGGGUCAGUUUGAAUUAUAUGUUCCUAGUAGUUCAUCUGACUCCUCAAAGGCCCCUGUGAAAGAAAUAAUGCCUAAACAUAUGAUUUUAGAUGGCAUCACUCUGAAAAAUUUAGAUGUUUUGGAAUGUCCUGGAGGACAAGAAGGUGCACUUUUAUAUCACUUGGAUUGUUGCUCUACAAAAUUUGGAAAAAGGUUGCUGCGGCAGUGGAUAUGUUCUCCCCUUUGUAAUAUUGAGUCCAUUAAGUCUCGUCAAGAAGCAAUUUCUGACCUUCGUGAUAAUUCUUCUGUAGUAAAAGAAGUUCGAGAAAAGUUAUCACAGUUACCAGAUCUGGAGCGUUUACUUACGAGCAUACAUGCACAAGGUAAUGCUGUUCGCUCUAAAACUCAUCCUGAUAGUCGGGCUAUAUUUUAUGAAGAUCAAGUAUAUUCAAAACGGAAAAUACAAAAUUUCAUAGCAACGUUGAAUGGUUUCAGAUCAUCUAUGGAAAUUAUUGGUGUAUUCCAAGAUGACAAUCUAGAAAUAACAUCAAAAUUGUUAUUUCAAUGUGUUAAUACUCCUGAUCGUGAUGGUGGAAGAUUUCCUAAAAUUGAAGAGUCUCUUAACUUUUUUUAUUCAGCAUUUGAUCAUGAAACUGCAACCAAAGAAGGCCGAAUUGUUCCUAGUGCCGGUGUUGAUCCGGAAUAUGAUAAUAUUUUGGAAGAAGUUGAAAGAGUCAAUGAUGAGUUACAAAAGUAUUUGGAAGAACAAAGGAAAUAUUUUGGAUGCAAAGUCACCUAUAUUGGCAGUGACAAGAAACGUUUCCAGUUGGAAGUACCUGAAGCAGCUGCUAGAAAAGCAGGAAAUGACUAUGAAUUGCAGUCACAAAGGAAAGGCUUCAAGCGAUUUGCAACAUCCAAGUCAAAGGAUCUCCUUGCUCAACUAAUACAAGCUGAAGAGCGGAAGAAAUCAGUCUUACAAGAUUUGAGUCGACGUGUUUUUGAACAGUUUAGUUCCAAGUAUGAACUCUGGAGUGAAGUCAUUAAGUGUUUAUCAGUACUUGAUGUAUUGCUGUCCCUAGCUGUGUAUGCUGAGAAUGCAGGAGGAAAUCUGUGCAUUCCAAAGUUUGAAUUGGUUGAGAAUGGACACAAACCUUUUGUAAAAAUUAAAGAUGGGCGACACCCUAGUAUUAUUUGUGCCAAAGGCUAUGUUUCCAAUGACACUAUGAUAGGAUGUGAAGAUUCCAAUGAAAUAUCUUCAAGUUUGAUAAUGGUGACUGGGCCAAACAUGGGAGGAAAAUCUACCUUGAUGAGACAGUUGGGUCUUUUAACUAUCAUGGCACAUAUAGGAUGUCACAUACCUGCUGAUGAGUGUGUUUUAACUCCUGUUGAUCGUAUAUUUACUCGCAUCGGUGCUAGUGAUGAUAUCAUGGCAGGAGAAAGUACAUUUUUUGUUGAAUUGAGUGAGACUUCAGCAAUUCUUCGUAAAGCAUCCAAACAUUCUUUGGUUUUAGUGGAUGAACUGGGACGAGGAACAUCUACCCAUGACGGAACAGCCAUAGCAUCUGCAACUGUCAAGGAACUUGUACGGUUGGGUUGUCGGACGUUAUUUUCAACUCACUAUCACAGUUUGGUGGAUGAUUUCAAGAACUCUCCUGAUAUUACAAUGAGACAUAUGGCUUGUAUGGUAGAAGAAGACAGUGAAGACCCUACUCAAGAGACUGUGACUUUCUUAUACAAAUUUGAGGCUGGUGCCUGCCCAAAGUCUUACGGUUUCAAUGCUGCUCGUCUGGGUGGUAUUCCUUCUUUCAUUACAUCAAGAGCCUAUGUUAAGGCCAAGGAAAUAGAGCAAGAAAGCCAUGCUCGAAAAUUAUUCUCUUCAGUAUGCUCAAGUGCUGAUCUUAGUUCUAUUAUUGCUCAAAUCAAGUCUUUGUAAUAAUUGUGUAAAGGGCACCUGAAAGACCUCUACCUCACUUGUGAGUGAUCCCUGACUUUUUUUCCAUCAUCAACAUACUUCUGAAAACAUCUGUGUUUGGUGCUAGAAUGAAAAUAGUGUGAAAUGAUUUUCAAUUCUUCCAGUUCUCAAAUACUUUCUUACAUGUGUACUUUCUUACAAAUGUACAUAGAAUAAAAAGGAAUUCUUCAGUUGAUAUAAAAGAAUGAUAGCAGUUUUGCAGCUUGCAGGAAAGAGACGUCUUUGAUGAUUUUUUUGUUGAAUUCAAUUUUAUUAUUUUUUCUACUACUUUCAGAAUUGUAAACCUAUUUUCAGCCACAAGUUAAGAGAGUUUCUCAACACUUGUAAAAUACUUGAGUUAAUUUUGUAAAUAAAAAAAAAAAAUUAAAAAAAAUUAAUAAAGUAUUGUUUUUUUAAAAUAA